AUGUUCAACAUACUUCUUUCUAUGGCCAAAGAGGGCUCCUCGGACUGCCCACAGUUCACAACACCUGGGCGGUCGAGUAGGGACAAUCUGAUCAACACCGUCUACAAACUGCAUCGGACACGAUUACGAAUAUUGGAGCCGUAUCGGAAGUUAAAAAACGCUUUGAAACAACUGCAAGAAGACUACUUGAAAUCGAAGGGCACGAACCCAAUUAUGCGGUAUGUGAGGUUACAGCAAAGUGUCAGAGAGGUUGUAAUUAUGGAAAAACAGUAUUGGAAGCUACUUGACUUGCCAAAUCAGGAAGGCGCCGAGGAUUCGAAUGAAUACGUUGUGAGAAUUAUACACCUUCUUGAGGAGACGUCACCAUGUCCUCCUCCGUCCGGAGGAAUUGGAGCGUUGCUUAGUUCAACAAUGAUGGGGCGGACCAUGGAAACCCGAGUUGAUCAAAGUCUUUACGACUCUAUAAAAAGCCGGAAAACGGAAGAGUUACAAAAAGACUGCGAAAAUCUGUACGUGCAACUCUAUAAGUUAAUACGGAAGUACCAGGGAUUAAGGAAAAUCAUCAAGGAUCUACAUGAUAAGUACGACUCAUCUCGACUUUAUCCCAUUGUUCCCCGAUAUCCUAUUCUGAAGAAGAUGAUCAAAGCGUGUUGA